AGAAAGCGGCGGCGGCUCGGGCGGCGGCCGCGGGGGACAAAGGGCGGGCGGAUCGGUGGGGAGGGGGCGGGGCGCGGCCAGGCCAAGCCCGGGGGCUCCGCAUGCUGCAGCUGCCCCCGGGCGCCCCCGCCGCCGCUCGCCGCGGAGCCGCGCGGAGCGGAGCCCGCGAGCUAACCGGAGCCAGCGGCCCGGAGCCAGCCGGCGGGCGUCCGGGAGGCGGCGGCGCAGGGAGGGGCCCGAGCGCGCACGUGGCCCCGGCGGCCGCCAUGGCGGACAGCGGCCCCGCGGGGGGCGCGGCGUUGGCUGCCCCGGCUCCCGGGCCGGGCAGUGGGAGCACGGGGCCUCGUGUCUACUUCCAGAGCCCCCCCGGGGCGGCCGGCGAAGGCCCGGGGGGCGCGGAUGAUGAUGGCCCGGUGAGACGGCAAGGGAAGGUCACCGUCAAGUACGACCGCAAGGAGCUACGAAAGCGCCUCAACCUGGAGGAGUGGAUCUUAGAACAGCUCACGCGUCUCUACGACUGCCAGGAGGAGGAGAUCCCAGAGCUGGAGAUAGAUGUGGAUGAACUCUUGGACAUGGAAAGCGAUGAUACCCGGGCUGCUAGAGUGAAGGAGCUGUUAGUUGACUGUUACAAACCCACUGAGGCCUUCAUCUCUGGCCUGCUGGACAAGAUCCGGGGCAUGCAGAAGCUGAGCACACCCCAGAAGAAGUAAGGGUCCUGACCCAGAUGACCAUGGCUCCCACAGGACAAUCGCUGCCCCCAACCUCGGAGCAACAGCAAUACCAGGGGACCCUGCGGCCAGGCCUGGUGCCAUGAGCAGGGAUCCCUGUGCCCCUGCCUAGGGGCCACUUCCCUUGCCCUCAGUUUUCCAUUUUUGGGGUUUUUUAUUGUUAUUAAACUGAUGGGACUUUUUGUGUUUUUAUAUUGAUUCUGCGGCGCAGGCCCUUUAAAAAUAAAGCUGGGAUCACAUGGCCUUGGA